UAUAAUACGUCCGCGAUCAGCUAUUUUGCUGCUUGAUAUCCGGGAAGUGUGGGAACAAAAAUCAAACACACCGCGGACGUAGACCAGCCUAUAGUGGGUUUUUCACGUCACUCACCGGAGACGUGUCACAUAGUCGUGUAACAAUAAUACCCUAUGGUUAGUGUGUCGCCGUUCAAAGAUGUUAUAUUUUCUAGAAAAGCGGAAUUUUUACUUUUUGGCGGUCAUUAACUGUUAUACGUGAGGAAAACGAGAUGGGGCCGCGGAAUAAGCCAAAUUUCCGUCCUUCAGUCGACAGAUUAAUGCUUUUUGAUAAGUAAACCAACAAGCUGAAGACAAUCUGCACCAUGGGAAGGAUCAGCUUUUCGUGCCUUUUCCCUGCUUCCUGGCAUUUCAGCCUGUCAUCUCAGAUUCUUCCUCGGCUCAUGAUACCUUCCCUCAGACAGCUGCUCUUCAUCGGCCUGGUGCUCUUCCUCACAGGACUCCUCUACCUGCUUGUCACCGGUAAGGGACAUGCCAGCUGGAUCAGAGAGGAAAAUCACUUCCACAGGCACUUGGCAAGGGUGACCGAUGUAGAUGCGACGGAUACAAGCAACCCCAAUCUGAACUAUGGCCUGGUAGUGGAUUGUGGCAGCAGUGGCUCCAGGGUAUUUGUGUAUUGCUGGCCCCGGCACAAUGGUAAUCCCCAUGAACUACUGGAAAUUCAGCAAAUGCGAGAUCAACAUGGCAAGCCAGUAGUCAUGAAGAUCAAACCAGGUAUUUCUGAAUUGGCUAAAACCCCAGAGAAAGCCAGUGAUUAUAUAUAUCCACUGCUGAGCUUUGCAGCUCAGCACAUUCCUAAACAUAAGCACCAAGAAACACCUUUAUAUAUCCUGUGCACAGCUGGAAUGAGAAUCCUACCUGAAAGUCAACAAGAAGCACUUCUUGAGGAUCUGCGCACAGACAUCCCGGUCCACUUCGACUUUCUCUUCUCAGAUUCCCACGUAGAAGUGAUUUCUGGAAAACAGGAAGGUGUCUACGCAUGGAUUGGGAUAAACUUUGUCCUGGGAAGGUUUAACCAUGAGGACAGUGAUGAGGAAGCUGUAGUGGAGGUGCAUGUCCCAGGCAGUGAUAAGCAGGAGGCACUGGUGAGAAAAAGGACUGCCAGUGUUCUGGAUAUGGGCGGGGUCUCCACACAAAUUGCAUAUGAAGUGCCCAAAACUGUAAGCUUUGCUUCUCCACAGCAGGAGGAAGUUGCCAAGAAUUUACUGGCCGAGUUCAACCUGGGGUGUGAUGCACAUCGCACAGAGCAUGUUUAUCGUGUUUAUGUAUCCACCUUCCUGGGUUUCGGAGGAAAUGCAGCACGGCAAAGAUACGAAGAAAGCCUCAUCAAAAAUACUGCCACUCGAAACAAGCUCUUAGGUCAGCAUAUUGGUAAGACAGCAGAGUCUCCCCUCUUAGACCCUUGUCUGCCCAUAGACCUACAAGAUGAGAUUGGUCCGUCUACACAGAAGCUCUAUCUGCGUGGCACAGGAGACUUUGACCUGUGUAGACAGAUUCUCCAGCCAUUCCUCAACCGCACCAAUGAGACCCAAAGCUCCCUCAAUGGUGUCUACCAGCCAGCCAUUGACUACAACAACAGUCAGUUCUAUGGCUUCUCUGAGUUCUACUACUGCAUGGAGGACGUGCUGCGCAUGGGCGGGGAAUAUAAUGCUUUGAAAUAUGCCCAGGCUGCCAAGGGUUACUGCGCCACCCAGUGGACGACUCUGCUUGAUCGCUUUGACUCAGGCCUGUAUGCCUCACAUACUGAUCUUCACAGACUGAAGUACCAGUGUUUUAAAUCGGCAUGGAUGUAUGAAGUACUGCACUCAGGCUUCUCUUUCCCAACCAAUUAUAAAAAUCUGAAGACUGCCCUGUUGGUCUAUGAUAAGGAGAUCCAGUGGACUCUGGGAGCUAUUCUUUACAGAACACGAUUUCUGCCUUUGAGAGACAUCCAACAGGAAAGUCUGAAAGGGGUGCACUCUCACUGGCGGCAUAGCUUCUCUUUUGUCAACAACUACUACUUAUUUCUGGCAUGUUUCUUCAUUGUGUUGUUGUCUAUUAUGCUGUACUUACUGAGACUCCGGCACAUCACGGCGCAGCGCUGCACCCCCUCCUCUGUACCGUGGUUGGAACAGGGCCUUGGCUCACCCACACUCCUUAUCAACCUCUAAACGUUGUAUAGUGUACACUCUGGACAGCAUGUCUGACUUUCCAGAGCCAGUCUUCACUUUUCUGUCAGAGGCUAUCGGCCUGCUCAGUGAGCCUUUGAAGGCCACUACCCUGACAACAGGACUGCUCCCUGCUGUGUGUUGAGAAAUGGUACUGCAGUUUGGACAAAUGAGGAAAAUAUGUGACUUUCAGGCUUUCCUGAGCCAGUAUUGGUCCUGAAGUUAUUUUAAUAUUGCAGUGAUGUGUUUUGCAGGAUUCAUAUUUUUGCCUGCCACUUACUCCUUUAGUCAAAUUUAAAUGGCAGCUUCGUCCAAUGUCAUCUAUUUUAUUUCUGUAGAACAAACACAAAAAUACUUUCUCACUAAGUAAUCCUACAAAUAAAUAUGUAGUCUACACUUUGAAUUUCACAAAAUUGGCCAAGUGUUGGCACUGGAUUUUUAUUUUAUUUUUAUGUGUGAGGAUUUGCCUUUCUUUAUGCCUUUUGUUUGUGCAUGAUCACAUCUUUUUAUUUUUAUUUUAUUUUACUGGCAAAUGUUAUGAGCACUUGCCAUUAAAGGAGCACUUUCUAAUGCAGAUGUGAAAGACAAUACACAACAUGGAAUGGCCUUUUUUCUGUCUUUCCCAUAUUGUUCUGCCUCAUAUUUAUAGUGUAAGACAAGUAGCUGUUCAAAGCUAUAAUAGUGCAAUACAUGUUUUGUCACUGUUUGGAAUUUCUCAAAAACACCUCUCCUCUUUUGUCUAAAGUAGAAGAAUCCUCUUUUAUUGUAACAUGUACAAUGAAAUUUUGUUUGGAGUCAAGGGCCCCAGGCCACUGUGUGCAUACACAUGGACCACCAUCAUGGGCAACUUGGGGGUUCAGUGUCUUCCCCAAAGACACUUCAACACGUGUAAUGUGUACUGCAGGCACUGAGAUUUGAACCUCCAACCUUCCAGUUGGGAGACAGCUGCUCUACCCACUACACCACUGUCACCCCAAUCGGUGUCAGUCUUUCUUAAAGCCCUGCUGAAAUUCUUGAUCUGGGUUAUAUGACUAUUGUCAUAUAUUUACAUUGGGUUUUGUUUUCAGAGGCUGUCAUGUCACUGCUGUGAGGGGAUGAAAAUGAGAGCACAUGCCCCAUUAUUUAUAGAAAAAUUGUCUGUGGUGAAAGGUUUGCACAGAUGAAUGCAAAAUAAAUGUCACAAUUUGGUAA